GAGGCAGAGGGGAGAAAGGACCGGGGACAAGGAGAAGGAGGAGGAGGCGGGGGGAACAGGACAGAGGCGAGAGGAAGAAUGCGUCUCCGGAGCGAAUCUGAGAACAGCAACGCCUGAAAAAUCGGGAGCUGUCCAUUUCAGCACCAAAAAAAAAAGCCGCUGAGCAACUCUAUGUCUUCACGGACCACGAGCUGCGUGGCGAACAUCUUCCUUCAAGUCUAAACCUCAAUCAUUUUCGUUUGAAAAUACGUCCACGAGCAACACAGACCAUCACGACAUCAGACCCGGCGCUACUCUGAGGGCAAGAAAACCGCAAAAAUUCAUGGCGUUUGGAAUAGCUGUAAGCGAAAACCUAAAGACGGUUUCAUCGAUGCGAGCUCCAUCUCCCUAAACCGUGAGGAAAAGCAGCUCCAACGAUAAUGCUCUUCAUCUUUAUCUUUCUCCUGAAGAUCUCUCAGAAAUAGCCAUCACUUAUGGAAACUGGGGAUCAGAAUUUUAGAAAAAAGGAUUAACAUAUCUAUUUUUUUGGGGAUUUGUUUUGUUUUUUUAUUUAAAUAUAGAUAAAUAUAUAUCCCAUAUAUAUCUAUAGAACAUAUAUAUUGGAUUUGAACUGACAGUGGUCUCCCUGCCCAUCUCUUGAUCUCUUUGCUCCCCAUUCAUUUCUGAAGAGGGAUAUUUUCUCGUCUACCUGAGAGAGGAGAGCGAGAGAGACAGAGAGAAAAAAAAAGUGUGUUGUGUGUGUGCCCGAAUAUAAUGAAGAAUUAUGGGUCUGUUUGAUCGCGGUGUACAGAUGCUCCUCACUACUGUGGGCGCUUUUGCAGCUUUCAGUCUAAUGACCAUUGCUGUGGGAACAGACUACUGGCUAUACUCUAGGGGGGUUUGCAAAAGCAAAUCAGUCAGUGAAAAUGAGACCAGCAAAAAGAACGAGGAAGUGAUGACCCACUCUGGAUUAUGGAGAACUUGCUGUCUUGAAGGAAACUUUAAAGGGUUAUGUAAGCAGAUUGACCACUUCCCGGAAGACGCAGAUUAUGAAGCAGAUGCAGCUGAAUACUUCUUACGCGCUGUCCGAGCAUCCAGUAUCUUCCCCAUCCUCAGUGUCAUCCUGCUCUUCAUGGGUGGACUCUGCAUCGCGGCCAGCGAGUUCUACAAGACCCGACACAACAUCAUCCUCAGUGCCGGCAUCUUCUUCGUCUCUGCAGGUUUGAGUAACAUCAUCGGCAUCAUCGUGUACAUAUCAGCCAACGCGGGAGAUCCUGCAAAGAGCGACUCAAAAAAGAACAGUUACUCCUAUGGGUGGUCUUUUUACUUUGGAGCGCUCUCCUUCAUCAUCGCGGAGAUGGUGGGCGUGUUAGCGGUUCACAUGUUCAUUGACAGACACAAACAGAUCAGGGCAGGGACAAGAUCCACGGAUUACCUCCAGUCCUCUGCCAUCACUCGGAUCCCCAGUUACCGAUACCGCUACAGACGGCGCAGUCGAUCGAGCUCCCGCUCCACAGAGCCCUCCCACUCCAGAGACCCCUCUCCCGUCGGUCUCAAAGGCUUUAACACGCUGCCGUCCACAGAAAUAUCCAUGUACACCCUCACGAGAGACCCUCUGAAGACCACCACCUCAACUGCCACUUACAACUCCGAGCGAGACCACAAUUUCCUACAGGUCCAUAACUGCAUCCAGAAAGACAUUAAGGAUUCCUUGCAUACCAACACGGUCAACCGAAGAACAACACCUGUAUAAAGAGCUGAAUGGCAAGGACAGACAGAGAGAGAGAGAAAGAGAGAGACAGAGUGUGAAAAGAAUUUAAGAGGAAAAUUAAUAAUUUACAAAAAAAUGGAUUAAUGAAAAUAUUAAAAGUUAUUGCAUGAAACCCGAAUUCCAUUGCAAAAAAACAAUGCAAAAAGUUUGUCAAAAAAAAGAUUUUAAAAUCGAAAACUAAGAGAGAAACGAGUGGAGAGAAAGAUCUCCGGCCUAAAUUCCAACCAGAGAAUGGAUUGACGAGAGCGAGAGGGAGAUAGUGAGGAAGAGGGAGUAUUUGUCUUCAUUUACUAAGUGUUUUAAGCGCUCUUUAUUGUCGAAAUGCUUUCAUCCCACCUCACCCCACCUGCCUUAUACCUCACCGGGAGUGAUGACAAUGAAAAAAAAAAGGGACUCUGUCUCCCUUGUUUGAGGUGAAAAGUUUUAAGGAGGAAUUUUUACAAUAUCCAGGAAUGGCAAUUCAUUCUUUGCUGUGACACAGGCCAGUUAAACAGAAGAUGUGGAACCAAGACAGCAACAACAAACAUCAGUUUUUUAACUUGCUCAGCCGCUGACUGAAACGACCACGUGUCAAAGGAGAAAGUAAAAUAAAACAAAAUAUUUAUUCUUUUAAAAGACAUUCUAUAAAUGAGUGACAAGCUGUGGAUUUGAGAAAUUUGCAUGCAAUGGACGGACCAACUCCCCUCUUCCAACCAAAAGCUCAAAUCAAGAAUUUCAAAGUUUUUUUUAAUUACUAUUAUUUGAUAAAAUUUUGAAUUGGGAGAGCACGAAUUUUCAGUUGAAGCGAUGGGAGAUAGUUCAAUGAGGAAACAACGCUUUAUCUCCAGACGGAUUAUGUUUUUUUAAAAAAUGUUUGGGUAAUAAUUCCAAUUUCAGAAAGUUUUUACUUGAAGUGAGUUUGGGACAACGGGAGGGACGAGGGAGAGUUGGCACCCCAGUGACCUCUUUAAAUCAGGAAAACCUAUUGUGCGAGUGUGGUGCUGUGCCAUUCCAUACAUUUCACGCCAGAUUUAAAAAAAAAUAAAAAAAAUUUAAAAAAUAAAUAAAAUUUACCUAAAAAAAAGCUUUCAUAUAUUUUUUUUCAAAAUAAGGAGAAAAAGAAACAUUUUCUAUGGUUUGGACAAAGACAAAAAAAGAAACCUAAAAUUUAACAUCAGAAAGGGCCGCGAUAGAAUAUUCAAAGUAAAAUAAAGACACAAUUCUCUGUGGUCUCCGGUGAAAGAGUUUAAGAUGAUCAAAGUGGCACUGAGACAAAACUAUAAUCGGAGGACGACUGUGGGUAUACAAAUAAUACAAUUCUCAGUAAGAUAAAUAAAUUUGAUGCCAGAUCUUUAAUGGAAAAGUCUUUCAUUUGACCAAAAAAGAUUUACAGUUAAAAAAAAUAAAGAGAGAACUGCUUAUCUUGUAAUUAUCGAUUCACUUCAUCGGGAGAAAUCUAAUCCAUUGAUUUAUCCCAAUUGUUGCAAUUCUUUUUUUUUGUUUGCGGACUGUUAAA